AUGCGGCGCAACUCCUGGGUUCCCCGAACGGUCUCGCUCCGGCCUCCGGCCUCCCUCCCUCCCACUCUCUGGGUUGGCAUCAUGCUGGGGUCGCUCUUGGAAGGGGCCAAGGUAACCGUCCGACGGGCCGGGAUGGCGGAUUUCUCCAAAGGCGAAGGACGAGCUGCGUCCAAGGAGCCUUCGUCGCCCCCCGAGCCCGAUGGGUCCCUGCGCGACGAUGGCCUUCAUGUACGAUCUCCACGCCAGCUUGCCGUAAGAGAACAAGUGACGACAGCAUCUGAAGGCGGGGCUGCUGGUCGUGACAGGGCCGUGAGCUCGUCCGUGUCGCGGUCUUUCUCUCUCCUGAGGGCUUCCGGGGCGCGGGCCAUGCUCCCUGUAAAGAUGGCUCUUAGCGGCGACCCCGAGGCCGUCGAGGCGCGGGAGAGCCUGACCAAGUACAAGGCAACGUUGUCUGCGGCGGUAGCGGAAGCGGAGGCCACGACAACCUCAAGGCGGGAGGAUCUGGUGCUGUUGACCACGGCGCUGGCGGGCCAAGAAAGCGACCUACGGUGCUGGGGCUACGUUUCCGUCCUUGCGUCUUUCAAGGAACACCGACGAAGAGAGACCAACCGUGCUCAGCUGCGGGUCGGCAUGUCGGAGAGGCGGGAAGAAGUAGUAACCGCCAAGCUACAGGAAGUCAGCCGUCUGCUCCGCUCCAUGCCGAUCAUCGGGCCCUGGACUAACAAGUCAGCGGGGGCAGAGACGGAAUCCCUCGGGUUCGGCGGGGGGAUCGGUGGUGACGGCCGUCUUUGGGAGGAGGCGUGCGCUGUAGCUCCGGAAGAUCUUCUCGCCUUCGACGAGGAACUCGCGUUGGCGAGGCAGCGGCUGGUCGCGUGCGACCGCGCGUGCGCGGCCGCAGCGGACGCAUUCGCGAUGAAGGUUGUCGCCGCUGGAGGCCUGGAGCCAAGGUCGCCUGAGGACAGAGCACAAGCACUCUUGUCCCUGUUGUCCCGGUACCACGUGCUCGAACUGGGGGAGUCCGUAGUGUCCGGGGAAGAGAAGACUGGACAAGACCAACCCACCGUUAAAAAAGACCACCCUACCGUUAAAUCGUCACCUCAAGAUCCUGGAGGGACCCAGGUCGAAGAAGACCGCGAAGAAGCUGGCAAACAGCAACCGCGGAAGGAGGAGGGGGGGGGCGAAACCCGCAACCUUGAAACGGAACCGGUUCCCGUAGAAAAUACGGGAAGACCGAUCGAAAGAAAAAAAACAGUCGAAGAAGAAGCCGACCAAGGCAGGCGGGUCGACGAACAAACCAACGCAAGUGGUACUAUGAGCACCGGCGCCCAGGACGAGCAAGCAAAGGGGGACGAGGGCGAGCCUCACAGGGGAGGUAAGUCGGCGUCACCCGAAGGCGGUGAUGGGACGUCACCCGAAGGCGGUGAUGGCAGCGACAGCAGCGGUCGAGACCACCCCCCUCGCGCGGAGAGCGACGAGAGUCGUCGGAGUGUGGACGGGUGGGGCCCACCCGCGGGUAGCGCGCGUUUUUCCAGGCUUGGCCGAAAGGACUGCGAGGUGGCGUUUUUCGAGCUCAUGCUGGACGAGCGGAAUCGAGAAGGGCGCUUGCUGCGGCGCUUCCUCACCAUGGCGCAGGCCAACAAGUCCCCGCCACCACCCCCUCCUCCCCCGCCCUCAUCGUCGAAUCCGGCGAAGAAGACGACGACAGUGCCAUGGUCGUUUUCCGGAGACGCUACCGGGACCGGGGGCAAGACGACCACGCUCGCCAACACCGCCGCCAGCAUGUUCUCCUCGAUGCGCCGGAGGGCAGCACGCGGUAGCAACGCCAGCGGGGGUUCAAGCGUGGAAGCCGGCGACGAUAAGACGCGUGGGGGGGCUGCCAACACUGCUGGCAGGGAACCGGGAUCGGCAACGGCGGCGUCGGCAACCGUCGGGAAGACGGGGGCCAUCACCGGGGAUAGCGAGGAGGGGGAAGGGCCGGUGGGCCCGCAGGUGGUCAAGGCAUUCAUCAACUACUUCUCGAAAGAGUACCUGGUGAAGAUGUUCGACGUGCCCGACUUCCUGGUGCCGACGUUGACGACGCUCGUGGCGCUGCUGGUGUUUCGGCAAGCGAGAAGACUCGUGUUUGGCUACGACCGGCGCCGCGUGGCAAAGAACGAUGAAGUCUGGCAGGAGAAGGCGAGAAGAGUGCGUUUGGUGCCCCUGAGCGAGCUGGGGGCUCCGCAGGAAUACAUUAUCGCCUCGAGUCCGAGGAGUGGCUCGGCUGUUCAAGAUGGGGCCAGAAGGGGGCCCCGUACCGAAAAAGAAGGGGAAGUGGAAGCGGUGGAUGCCGAUCUGACCGACCGCAAAGUUGUAGCUGACUCGCGAUCCGAUGAUGAUGGUGGUCCUGGCGAUAGCGGUGAACCUGAUGGUGCGGGUACCGAUGCUCGCCUAGCGGCUGGUCUUUCGCCCAAGUCUGCUGCUGCUGCUGUGGAGGCAUCUCACGCCAGGACCGCUGAUGUUUGCGCGAAUGCAGGCGAUGACACGGCGGUAGCUGGACAGGAACAGGCAACGCCGGCCGCCCCGUCCACAGACAAGGGUGUAUCGCCGACGGGAGGAGAACACGGCGACGCCGCCCUUGCCGACACGUCCACUGCUGCUGCUGCUGCUGCUGCUGCUGCUGCUGCUGCUGCUGCUCCUGUGUCGGGUGUUCCACAGACGGCGGCGGGGAGAGCGCGGCAAGCGGAGAAGGAGGUGGCGGCGACGGCGGCGGCGGCACCGGCGUACGCCAGGGCUUCGCGAGAGUUUGAGCGCCUCGGGGAGUGCGCCACGCCGGUAGAAAUGCUGGACGUCAUCAAGGCCGGGAUGACGCUCUUGUCCGAAGAAGCCGCGAGGAUAUCGGGAUCGGACAAGCCUUUAGACGCCGACAGCCUGCUGCCUCUGCUCGUCCAUUCCCUGGCGCACGCGAACCUCCCGCGAGUCCACGAGGCUCUGAGUUUUCUCAGAAAUUUCCAGGGUGCUGGUUGGGGAGGGGAGCAGGAGUACUACGUGACGUGCCUCGAGGCCGCGGUUUCUUUCGUGCUAGACUGGGGGGCUGUUGCCGACCCCAACGCCGACGGGGAUGACGGUAACAACAACAACAAGGAUGACGACAAUAUCAUCACUGACAGCGCCAAAGAGUCGAAGGCGGCGGGGAAGAAACUACUUAGUCGAGAGGAUGACAGUGGCGGUAGCAGUAGCGGUAACGAUGCAACGGCUGCAGGAAGAUGGGCGGCGCGGCGGGCGGGAGAAGAGGAGGAAGAGCCGGACAAGGGGCGGGAAGCCUUGGUCCGCCUCGGAAUUUUCUUGGAAAAGCAUGAGGUUCAGGAGGACACGGUGGACGUCUUGUCCUCCGCCGGCUGGCUCUGACCUACCUGUCACGCACUGGCUCCUGAGCAUAUCCGCCGCCUGUUGCAAUAUGACAGGGGGAGGGGGGGGGGGGUUGCAGCGCUGCUGCUGUCGACCAGCUCGAUCUAGUUUUUUUUCAGUAUCUCGGCGUAGAACAAGUCCUAUUCAAACGAGCUCGUGAGUGGGCGAAAAACAGCAAGCUCCGGAAGUUAGUUCUGUGCCCGGCCACGAGCCCUACCGUCAUUGAUUACGCACCCACAAAUCCGCGGAACAGCGUUAGGUCUCUUUUUACGUCCGUGAGGAAGCCCUAUGCUGACGACGGCGCCAGUGUGAAGCAAGCCCCGUUUUGCUUGCCUGUUGUUAUGUGCCAAACGAACAGCGCGAUGAUACACAGUACUCGUUUACCGCUUGCUGUGGGCGAGAGAAAGCUAGCUGUGUCCGCCGAGAGCGCACCCGAGCGAUAUUAGGAACAUGAGAUCGAGCUUGAAUUCAGGCA